GUCAGCGCUGCACCAGCUUGGACGAGGUCAUCGACUGGCCUGCUUUUUCCGACGCUUCGUCCGCCAGCUCAUUGAGAUCAACUUCGCGUGAGGAGGCCGAGGAGACGAGUCCAGUGGCGACCUUGGUGUUAUGCGGGCACAAACCGUACCAGGAUGCAAAACGCUUCCACUGGGUUCCACCCAAGGGCUGGGAUAGCCAUGCCCGCGCGCUUAAUGUUUCAGCGCGGAACAACCUUAGCUGGGACGGCCGGCGUCCGAUACCCUCACCGCCAGCAGGGGAGCCUUGGUUGCUUCCCUGCAGCGACCAGAUGGCGUUGAGGAUCGCCCGGCUACGGAAGCCCCUUGUGGCUGCAGGCUGGAAGGUGAUUACCUCCUCCCCGGAGGUCAUCGAAGGCCUGGGCGACAAGGCAAAACUGCCAGACUAUGCCGCCAAAGUGGGAAAGCUGGAUUUCCUCCCGCGGCACUUCCAGAAGCCCGAGCAAGCCAGAUACCCCUGCAUUCUGAAGCCUUCGCAGGGCGAAUUCGGGAGAGAUUCCUGGAUAUGCUACAAUGCGCAGGAUGUGAUGUCGCAUGUUCCUGACUUCUCUGCGUCCAAUUGGGUGCUGCAAGAACUGGUGCCCGGAUCCGUGGAGCUCUCUGUGUCCAUGCUCGUAUCCCGCGGUACAAUCCUGGAAGUUCUGGGCAUGAAAUAUCUCUAUGACAGGGAAGUCUACAUCUGGCCGGGCGUCAAUGAGCUGAGCAAGGAGCUAUAUGAAGUUCCAGCCCAUCACAUCCCUGUUUUGGCGGCAUUCGUCACGGAAUAUGAUGGCAUCCUGAACUUCAAUUACAAGAUUCGACCGGAUGGAAGAAUAUGCAUAUUCGAAGUGAACACACGCAUUGGCGCCGAUUUGGCCUGCGAUGCUCCCAGAGAGCGGGCAAGGCAGCUGUUUCUGAUGCUGGACAAGAUCCGUGGCUGA